AUGACUUGCCGCUACUAUCAAAAGCUAGGUCACCGUGAGUAUGAGUGUUACAAGAAGGUCUCUGAUGAGCAGUCGGGUGAACCCCAAGAUGAAAAGAACCACCCCAAGCCAGCUCAGCCCAGUGGAUUCACUCCUAAGCCUAGACCCAACAACAACAGUGGAGCUGAUCCCAAAGGUCAUGUGUUCGUGAUAAAUAACCGUGAGACUGCAACUGCUUCUGAUGUGGUAAUUGGCAAUUUCUUUAUUUAUUUUAUGUCUACUAAAGUCUUGUUCAAUUUAGGGGCAUCUCACUCUUUUAUUUCUAGAACUUUAGUACAUAAACUCAAGUUAGAGAGUCCGGUGUCUAUUUCCUUAGAUAUUACUAUCCCAUCAGGGGAGGUGAUGAGUUGCACUAAGAUGCAUCAGGGUGUACCUCUUGUCAUUUCAAAAGUAGAAUUGUCGUCAAAUUUAAUCGAGCUUGACUUACAAGAUCAUGAUGUCAUUUUGGGGAUGGACUGGUUAGGCAAAUACAAAGCCCAAAUCGAUUGCGAGGCCCAAAAGGUCACGUUGUGUGGCCCAGACAAAGUUAGGGUAACCUACCGAAGGGAAGGGAAGAAAUCAGGGUUGAAGAUCAUAUCUGCUUUGCAACUUAAGAAGUGUAUAGCAAAAGGAUAUCCACUGUAUAUAUGUAGUGUCCAAAAUAUAGAAGAAGGAGAUAGCGAUGAUGGGAAGAAUAUUCCAGUAGUGAAAGAAUUUCUCGAUGUUUUUCCUGAGGAAAUUCCAGGGAUGCCGCCUAUAAGGGAUGUUAAAUUUACCAUAGACUUAGUUCCAGGGAAAAUAUUGGACUUUUCGGUAGCCGAUGAUGGAAACAUGAGGUUUAAAGGGAGAUGGUGUGUUCCCUAG